GCCAUCCGUCGAUCUAUUUCACGGCAGCAACAUUCGUCACCGCCCCCACUCCCAAAAAAGUUAAGAUUUGAGAAAUUACAACAUAAUCGAUCUUCUUUUCUUAUAUAAUAUCAGUGGUACAAGUGGAUAAAUUAUUAGCCCUCUUUUCUUGGUUCCAUACAUUAUUUGACGCUUUUUUCGCCACAAAAAACACAGACAAAAGGAUUUUCUAGGAAGAUAUGUUUGGAUGGGAUGGUAUUUCUCCGUUUAGAAAGGUUAAUCCACCAUUAUAAAAAUCCUCUAGGUUAAUCCACUACUGCACUAUGGUGGUUUACAUUAAAAUAUCACUGCAUUUUAAGUGUUGUUUUACUGUAUUUAUGUAGGUUAUACGAAACCGGAUAUGACGUUUACGGCUGCGCUACGUGCUUCCGUAAGUUUUGACGUAGCUCAGUGCUGGUGACUAAAGACGGUAGAAGCAUCCGCAAACUAACGAGGUAUUUGAGUAAGAGUCACUAAUAAAAUUGUCGUCCAGUUAAAACUGUAUCUCAACAAGUAAAGCCAAUUGUACAUCAGCUGUCAAGAGGAGGACCAAACUCCCGGCUAGCGAGUGGGAGACAAGAACAAUGUCCAAGUCUGGACCGCUGCUGACUGGAGAUGGCCCCAACGUGAAUCUACAUUUCCAGAAAGUCUCUGAAGGUUCACUGGUCCAAGAUGAGCAUAUAGCAAAGACACAAACAAACUCUGAACCAGCAGAAAAGAUCUGUGUUACUCCCAUCCACCUGCGUCCGGAUCUGCUGGUUCCCUGUGCAGACCUGGUCAAUGCUGAGUGGCAGAGGAGCCAGGCCGCCCGCGUUCACUCCCUGCAAAAAUCUUGCCCGGAUUUCCCCAUCUGCCUAGUGUUGCUCAUGCAGGGUACUGGGGAGGCUGAGAGGCUGCUUGGGCAUGCCCGCCUCUCAAGGGUCGUAGGUCAUAGUGGUAGCCUGUUUGUGGAGUCUGUGGUGGUGUCCAAGGAGGAGAGAGGGAAAGGCUACGGACGAACUCUGAUGGAGGAGACCGAGCGCUAUGCCAAAAGCCGAGGGUUUAAACGCUUGUGCUUGACUACCCAUGAUAAGCAGCACUUCUACACCCACCUGGGGUACACGCUGUCCACGCCGGUGCAGAACACGGGUGCCAUGGCGUCAUUUGUUCCCAUGGAGAUGAUUCUCAGGUUCUCCAGGGUACCAAAUGGAGGUGUUAGCGUGCAGAAACAAAGGGAUAUUGAAGUCGAAAAAGGGACUAUUCUAUGUCCUGCUCCACCACCUCCUUCAUCUGCUAUACCUCCUCCACCACCUCCUUUAUCCUUCAUCCCUCCUCCACUAGGCGUAUCACAUGUGGUUCAGUCUCUCACAGAAACCCCUUACAGAGACGCCAAGGGAGUGGCCAUCUUCUGGAUGCACAAAGACCUAUGAAAGACAACUCUGGGGGAAAGGAAAUUAUUUUAAAGUGUCUAAAAAAGGAAGAAAAUGACACAAAAGUGUAUUUUUUUUAAACAAAGUACAUUCAUCUUGUACUCUAUACACUUACUACCCAUAACAUUAUGUGCAACCAGGUUUGUGUCAGGACCCUUUCGGGGUUACUACAAGUCCCAGAACGCACUGCAGCAGCUCAUGUGUUGUCAUGUAGAUGUCCCUGGCUUCUCUCUGGGUCAUGUGGUGUGCUCAUGUAGCUAGUCUGAUUCAAGUCUGACACUUAUCUGUCGAAAACCCUGGCCAGUUCACCACAGAAGUCAGCAUACACCUUGAAUGUGGAGUACGGUGGCCUUCAAGUGCCUAAAAGUGUUUUUGACACAGUUCUCCAUUGUAAACCUGAUAUUGCUAGAAGUACUUUCAUUAUCAAGGAUUGUUGUUGUACGAAUGAACUAAUUGCAAGGUGUUGCAUGCUUAAGAUUGUGAUUGGCUGCUAACAUCCCAUUAAAUCGUCAUUCAUUUUGCCUGUACGGUCUAAUGAGAUACAGAACAAGACAUCAACACUGCAGCAAUAAUGAUAUUUUAAUGACCCUCGGGGCCAUUAUUUAUGUUUGUUUCCAUAAAGUAUGUGUUCCGGUGCUAGGAGUGCUGAAAAGGGCAGCGGACCGGAAAUGACGUGAGAAGUUCAGAUUAGUUUGGCGUGGUUUAUAGCCGCAAGAGUAGCCCGCGUGUUAGGAAUAUUUGUGCCAAAUUUGAUAUAAUUCAAACCUGCAAUAAAGUCUGUUGUUCCAGCAUAACACACAAUUACAAUACAUGUGUAUUGUAACAUUUACAAUAUGUAUGGCAAUAAAACAGCAA